AUGAAGUCCUCCGAUCCUGCCCGACCCAACAGUCGUCGCGCCGCUUCAGGUGCUUGGAACCGUCUGAAGCCCGUCCGCGAAGAUGUCUUGGAGACAUAUGGGCUACCUUCAAAAGGCGAGACUCGUCUGAACGACUUCAAAACACAAGAAGUCUACUUCAACCGCAUAAUAGAACGCUACAUGAAACUCUGCGCCCUUAAUCGCGACGAACUAGACCGUCUCUUCGUCUCAGUCAGCGUCCCCCAAGCUACGCAAACAGACAAUACAAAAUCAACAACAACCGCAAACUCCAAGCUCACGUCUUCCUUCUCCUCGCUCUCCCUCUCGAAACACGCGCCCCCAGAGCACCAACCUACCGGUCGACCCCCUCUCGCCCCAACCUUGACAAACAUCCCCAAUACCACACACUACUCCAUCCCCCAAAAAGCCUUCGUCCUCUCCAUAGACGAACUCGCCACGGUCCUCGCUUCCCUGCGCAAACUCCGCGAAGCAAUAACAGCCUCGAACCGCAGUGACGCCUUCGCCCUCCGCGCCUACACCUUCGCAAUCCACGUCAGCAUCCUCUGCCACGACUGGUCCUCCUACCUGCCCUCGCUCCUCUCCCUCCUCAAUACCAUCCACCCACGGAAUCCUUUAUCUCCCUCCACGCUCCACGAAUUCGUCGGCCUGGUAAUUCUCGAUCAAGCGUGCCGACAGUCUGAUUACGCAGGCGCCCGUACGACGAAGUUGGCAUAUGGGUAUAAGGAUUGGCGGGUGGAGAAGGUGUUGAAGUGUCUUGUUGCGGAUGAUUAUGUGGGGUUUUGGCGGGUGAGGAGGAGUGUGGAUGGGUAUCAGAGGAGUAUUAUGGAGUGGGCUGAUGGUGGGGUGCGUGUGCAUGCACUCAAGUGUUUGGGAAAAGCGUAUCUAUCUGCGGACAAGGCGUUUGUGGAGAGGGUUACGGAGAGGAGGUGGGAGGAGUUGGUUAGUGAGGGGGUGGGGUGGGAAUUGAGUGCUGAUGGGGAGAGGGUGUUGAUCAAGAAGCCAAAGGGGGCUUGA